AUGCAUCUUCAAUACACACUUGACGCCGAAGGAAACAGAGUGUACACACUUAAAAAAGUCACCACUGAAGGUCAAGUUACUAAAUCUGCUCAUCCUGCUCGAUUUUCACCGGAUGAUAAAUUUUCAAGACAUCGUGUUACUGUAAAGAAACGUUUUGGAGUUUUACCUACCCAAUUGCCUUCGAAACCCAUGUAA